GUAGCGCUUCCGCAAGCCUAGGAAAACGGCCUUGACCUUGCAUCAGAAGGCUGCAUCGGCGCCGUGACCGGGGCCAUACUAACGGCUUGGUUACUCCAAGUCUUGAACGGGGAACGGCUUGACGGCCUCGUUGUCGCCGCUUAUGACACAAAUGGCGGCCCCAGAAGUAGUCGCGGUGCCUCCGCAAUUGUUCCAGGGCGUGGCCAAGAGCUCCGCUGGCUACAAGCUACUGGAGUCGAUGGGAUGGAAGGAAGGCGAAGGAUUGGGCGCUAAAAAGCAAGGCAUUAAGGAGCAUGUCAAGGUCAAGAAGAAGCACGACGCCAUGGGCGUGGGCGCGGCAGAGAACGCGCAGAAUACUCGCGACUGGACUACGGGAAUGGUCAGCUUUGACCGCAUCUUGGCCAACCUGAAAGAGGUCUCGGCGCGCCCCGCGGCUGCCGACGACAGCAGCAGCUCCGACGACGAGGCGGCGGCCAAGGCCCCUAAGAAGGCCGCAAAGAAGGCCGACACCAAGAAGGCCAAGAAGUCGGGCAAGGACAAGCGCAAGCGCAGCGCCUCCCCAUCCUCCUCCGGCUCCUCCUCCUCUGGCAGCGACAGCGAGGAUGAGGCGGCGCGCGCCAAGCGCAUCAAGCUUGCGUCGCACGUCGGCCGCUAUCACAAGCGCGAGCGCGCCAAGCUCGUUAAGAACUACAGCGCGGGCGACCUGGACGCCAUCUUGGGCGGGAUGAAAGCUGCCAAGGAGGAGGUUGCGGCGGAAGAGGCGGCGGACGCCGAGGGCCUGGACCCCACCGGCGCCGGCGCCAUGGGCUUCAUCAUGCCUGUGAUCGCGGAGGUGCGCGCCGCACCGCGGCAGCAGGAGGACAGCAGCAGCGACGAGGAGGAUGAAGAGCAGGAGCAGAAGGCGGGCGGCAGCGGCAGGGCGGCGGCGGCCAAGGAUGCGGCGGCGGGGCCAAGCGCCUCCAAACCGGCAAAGCAGCCGAAAGCGCCGGAGCCGCAGCCGGAGGAACAGUGGGAGCCUGGGAAGAAGCCGUGGUGGGCGGGCAUGUUUGUGCGGGCUGGCCGCAUGGGCAGCAUUCGGCAGGAGCUCAAGGGCAAGGUGGAGGGCGGGCGCGCCAAGAUCCAGAUCACGGGUUUCCGUGAGCAGGACCAGGAGAACCUGUACGAGCAGGCCCAGCACGGCGCAGCACACGGGCGACAGGGCCUGGGCCGCAGCGACAUGCCUAAGAAGGUGGCGGGCGCGCGCUGGUGCGGCACCAAGACCAAGAUCAGCGAGGGCGACGGCGACGACGAGGAGGAGGAGGAGGAGGCAGGCAAGGGCAGCGGCUCAGGCAGCGGGUCGGAGGACUCGGAGAGCGAGGACGAGGGGCGCAUUGUGGUGAAGCUCUCCAAGAAGGAGCAGGCGGAGGCUGACGCCAAGGCGGCGGGUGCAGCAGGGGAAGCAGGCGGCUCGGGGAGAAAGGCUGCGGCGGAGGGCGCGGCAGCAGCGGGCGGGGGGAAGGACGGCAAGCGGAAACGCAAGGAGGAGGAGGCUGCGGCGGCGGUUGCAGCGCCGGAGGCGGCGCCCAGCGGGAAGGACGGCAAGAAAGCCAAGAAGGACAAGAAGGGCAAAAAGGACAAGCAGGAAAACGAGCCGGCGGCCGCGGCGCCCUCUGGCGACACCGCGGCCGAGGCGGGGAGCUCGCAGCCCGCAGCCGCUGACGGCAAGCAGCCCAAGUGGCGCACGCUAGUCAGGCAGCUGCUCGCAGAUGCGCCGGAGCGGCGGCUGAAGCUGAAGAAGCUGCACAAGCAGCUAGAGGAAUCGCACGGCCUGAGCUCGAGCAGUCCAGCAGGCGGGAAAAAGAAGGAAGCCAAGAGCAAGAAGGGCGGCGACGCGAGUCUGGCGGCGCUGGAGGCGGUGCUGGAGGAGUUGAGGGGCAGUAAGAAGUUCCGCGUGUGCGACAAGUUCGUGACGUUAGCGGAGUAAAGCGCUCACUUGUGUAUGUGCGUGUGCAUGUGCGCGUUUGUGUGCUUGUGUACAUUAUCCGUCAGUCUGGUGGAGUGAGACUUGUUCCGCGGCAGGCGGUGUGGAGCGUGAGGCAGAGGAUGUGUGACGUGGCAGCGUGGGGCAUUGCUAAGGUGCGGACAAUGCGUCUCGAGCCGCCGUGGGCUGAUAGGCGGGUGGUGGCAGUGGCUAACCGUGGCGUGCCCAUUCAGCAGGACGACGUGGUGGUCGUGGUGUGUUUCAACAUGUGUGAUGCCCAUUUGCUGCUGUGAAUAGGCGAGCGAGAGGUGUGGAUAUCGAACGCUUGACGAUUCAUGUGCAGGUGGUGCUGUAUGCGGCGUUGGCGGAAGCCACGUCAGGCCCCAGGGCGCCACAACGGAGCUAGUCCGGGGGUAGAUGCGAGCGGAUUGCUGUGAUGAUGCAGGAUGUUAAGGAUGGCUUGGGGGACUGGGAGCAGCAUGGACGUGGCCAGUGCCUUGCGGGAUGACUAGGUGCCUCCGCAUGCCUCCGCACUUGAAAUGCCUUGCUAUUUAUAUGGGGUGCUCCAGUAACAGAGGGAGUCGUGGAGGCACGGUUCCGGGGAGCGCUCAACGGCGGUUCCGGGAAGAGCGCUCAAGUGCUCAACGGCUGCGGGCGCAUUAAGGGCUGCCAGCUUGGACUAGGCGCUUAAUAAUAACAACUCAUACUCUGUAUUGACUUGUAAAUUCGGCGUCAAACGGCGCACACCA